UUCAGUUUAGUUUUUGUUUCGGUUCGCGCAUCAUGUGGAAAAGGUCCCGCGGUCCGCACCCCACAACAGUGUAAUCCCGCGUAGUCUGAGACGGCGUGGCUGGUGGUCCGGAGUUCUGAAACCGAGAGUGCCGAGAACUGCCGUGUCUGUGUCUGUGUCUGUGGACGAAGCGGAUCUUCCUGCGGGGAACAAACCGGGAGGAUACCAAGGUGCGAGGACAUUCGGAGCGAAGGCGAAGUUUGGCACAACGACGGUCAGGAUUUUCUCUCCUGCUCCGUGCUGCGUGCAGACAGUGCGACCGUUCUGGUCUGUGCCAGUUGGACGAUCGGUGCGAAUAGAACGAGGCCAGCUGCGGUGACGAAAGGAUGGAUUAUCCACAGGCUCAGGCACCACCGAGGACAGGAUUCUAGUGAUCAAAGCCGGAAUGAUAUUGGCUGCCAGUCAUCGUUCGUUCGACAGCAGAUGUACUACAAUUGUGAACUAUUUUUUGUUCUCUGUAAGAAUUCUAGAACACUCACUCACACAGGAAUUACGGUGGCAAUUACAAAAUACCUCAGCUGGAAGAACACGAAGACACCCAAGGAUUACAGUGAUUAAAACCAACAAAUCAAAACCUAAAACUGUGAUAAAGUGAAAUUGAAGAAAAUUUACCUAAGCCGAAGCAGUGGAAAACCAUUCCCGGAAAAAUAUUUUCUCAUAGUCAAGGCACAUACACACACCAUACAGGCAUAAAUAAAAUAAAAAGAGUCAGAAACAAGUGAAAACCUCAUAGUACAAAAAUCAGAUGAAUUUAUUUAAAUAGUCGUAGUGAAAAUUUUGGAAUUUUUAAUUCAGGCGUAACAGUUUAUUGGAAGGAAGUAAAAAAUCGCAGUGCUACACACCAAUAGUGGAAAACUCGUUGUUACAAAGUACUGAAAAAAAGGAAGAAUACCCGACGCUCGACGAGGAAACCAACAAAAGAAAAAAAGAAACGAAAAAACAAGUGCACCAGAGCGAGAGGAAACGAUUGCUUGGUACCCCCGAAAGCGCGAGGCAGUGAAGGAAAAAAAAGCAGUGACACAAUUUUGAUUACACUCACUCUCAAGACAAACCAUCCGAUCCGGGGCGAGUUUCUAAUUUCUCAAUCAGUUAAUGAAGUAAGAUUUCGAAAAUAAAAAAAAACGCGCCAACAGCAACGAAAAAAGAAGGCGCAGUGGAGGAGAAAAACAACCAAAGAAAUACAAAAAAAUCCAGUGAAUUUAUGCGCUGUGUUGGUGGUUUCGAGCGAGCUCUCGACGGGCCGGUGUCGAGUUCGGUGGGAUUUGCAACACUCCGAGUUUUUCGUAAUUUCUGACCUAUUGAAGGUGUGUGCGGAAUAGACUGGAGUGGAAAAAAUAGCUACCGCCGCGUGCGCCACCCCAGCAAGAGCAGUGUACCGUGUACCUUACUGUGCCGUGGCGUGCCGUGCCGUGCUGUACCCAGGGGGGAAACCUAGGAAAAGCGGACCGCUGCACUAGAAACCCUGUGCACCUCCCUCCAUACCUACCUCCACACCUGGCCAACCACGUGGUGGUGUUACUUUUCUUCGCUAGGCGCCUGACAGUGACGGCGACGGCGACGACGACGACAACAAGGGCGAUCUUGACUGAGUGAGACGGCAUCAGAUCCUUUGACGGCAGCGAAAAAUCGUGUUUUCUAUAAGAUCAUGUUCUGAAUGCAUCCAUCUCCCACACGCAGCGUGGUCCCUGAACAUUUACCAUUUUUGCCCGGCGUAGAAUGUCCACUGGUGAACCGGAUUCAGCUGGUUCCCAUGGCAUAGGACGUGCAGCAGCACUAGGCGGGGGCUCCUCGACCACUUCCUCAACCACCUCGUCUCUGCCCGUGAUGGAGCCCCCAGCGAGUAUCAUAAUGAAAGCAAAGGACGAACCUGAUUGUGAUACAGAACGAAACGUAGACUCCAGUAUGGACAGCAGCGCCCUGGCGACCUGUCUGUCGACGACGAUAUCGGCCCUGCGAGCCAGUCGUAACGCCAGCAACAACGAUGCACACCGCGGAAACAGUAUUGAUGACAACUUAUCGGACAACUCGGAAUCAACGACGACGAGUUCGGCUGCGGCGCAGCUUCUCGAGAGCCUGAAAAACAACCUAAACAACAACAACAACUCUAGUGCAAUUAACAACAACAAUCCGCUACAUGCAAACAACAACAACAAUAACAACAACAACAAUGGAAACCGAAAGUUAUUCGAAUGCGAUGUGUGCAAUAUGAAGUUCUCGAAUGGCGCCAACAUGCGGCGGCACAAGAUGCGUCACACCGGCGUCAAACCGUACGAAUGUCGCGUCUGUCAGAAGCGGUUCUUCCGCAAGGACCACCUGGCGGAACAUUUCACGACGCACACCAAAACACUGCCCUAUCAUUGCCCCAUUUGCAAUCGAGGUUUCCAACGGCAGAUAGCGAUGCGAGCACAUUUCCAAAACGAGCACGUCGGUCAGCAUGAUCUGGUAAAGACAUGCCCACUGUGCAGCUAUAGGGCCGGAACAAUGAAGUCCCUGAGGGUGCACUUCUUCAACCGUCACGGAAUCGAUCUGGAUAACCCAGGACCGGGCACGCCCUCCUCUCUGCUGUUGGCACUGGAUCAGCAUAAUCCUGCAAAUCUGCUUCCGGCUUUGGCAGCUAUGAAUGCUGUCAAUGCGUUCAGCGAUUCAGGUGACUCAAUGCGCUCAGUAGAUAACGCCACACCUCCGAUGCACUUCCUGACACCCCACGUAGAAAUAUCGAUGGCCGAUAACAACGAAGUGGCCCUAAACUGCAGCCGGGAUGGUCCGAAUGGGACUAGCAGUAGUACCAACGGUCCCAGCAGUGGCAACGGCGGUGGAAACAAUGACCGAAACACACCGACCCCAUCGAUAUCGUCGGCGCUGGAUAUACAGGCGAUAGUGCGACCACCGAAUGGCGGUUCCCCCUCGUCGCCGCACUCAGCCGACUCCAACGCACCCUCCAGUUCCCACUCGUCCUCCAUGCUUCCAUCUCUAGUACAAAGCUCAAGGCAUAUUAUUUUUGAUAACUCUAUUACACCGUCAAUCAGUUUAAUUCCCAUCAAACAGGAACCAACGACAAACGAUGAGUACAAUGAAACCAAACCACGAAGCAACAGUAGCGCGGAGAACCCGACGUCCAACAUAAGCAACUCGAGUGACAGCGUGACGCCGUCCUCUAGUCUAACGUCGUUGAUUAAGGUAUCCCCGCUGAAGUCGCUCCUACGCGAAGAUCUCAAACGGCGAAUCUCGGCUCGGGCCAGCAGCCGUGCCAGCCGCAACGGAUUGCUGACCUCGCCGAAUCCGGCCGGCAGCAGUCCUACGCCGAACAGUAGCAACGCUACCUCCUCGCCGGCCCCGGAGUGCGGCACCUCGUCCAGCAGCUCCAGCAGCAGCAGCAGCAGUAGCAGCAGCGGAAUCGGAACUAGCAUCAACGGGACGUCGAGCAGUAGCAGCAUCAGCAGCAAUGCUACGGCCGUGGCCGUUGCAACUACCUCAAACGGUACCAUCACGUCGACGGGGCCGGAAACGGACAUGCUUCUGUCCGGUGGGCCCAAAUCGAAGCGGCACCUGCAAUGUCUCUUCUGCGGAAUCGAGUUUCCCGACCAGACGCUAUACUUCCUCCACAAGGGCUGCCACAGCGAAAGCAAUCCGUGGAAGUGCAACAUUUGCGGCGAACAAAUGAGCAACGUGUACGAGUUCAACUCGCAUCUGCUCAGUAAAAGUCACCAAUGAUGUUAGGCGAGGGAGAGGGAAACAUUUUGCUGGUAGUGUUUCUCUUUUUCCGAUCGCUUCCCUUGAAAUCGCAUUAAACUCAACCGGUUUCUCACCCUCACAAUCUUUUGGGUUGGACUUCCUGCGCUGUUCCUUAUCUGAAAUUCUAGCCCAUCUUUGUUUAGUAAAGCUAAUCUAAAUCACCCAUUUACCAAGAAGGCAUGCAGCAAUCAUUGGUAGGCUUUCGCCUUUUUUACGAAACUCUGCCAAACACACUAAAAAGAAUAAUAACAGGGAUGUAAACUAGUCGUAACUGACUUUAAACUGUACGAACUACUUUUCACUUUAGUUGCCUCCCGCUGAAGUAUUCUACUUCUUCACUUUGAAGCUGCUCUUCUUUUUUGGACACCUCAACCCGUAGCGCGUACAGGUGGAAGAAAAAUCGUUCAACAAAUAUCUAAAAUAUUUAUUGUCCGUCCAAUAGAUUUUUAAACAAAGGUUAAUAAUGAAGCAAAAAGAGAAAAUCAAGCAAACCAGGGAAUUGACCUGAUCACUUACACACUGAACACAAACUAGCCAAAGGAAGUAAAUGGGAACGGCGGCGGUUUGCAAGGGACCUCCGCCGAGCAAAGACAGUCUAGUCGUUGAAACUAUUUGAUUUGUGCACCACAUUUGGCUUUGCACCCUCUCGGACCAUCGGCCGUUGUGGAGUGAAGUAGGACGCAGCAGGUGGAAGCGGAACAACAGCGGAACGGGGACGUGGCAGGAUUGCAAUACCAGCGGGCCGUGAUGUGGACGACAACGUGUAACUGGAAACGAAGCGCACUCGUGGGACGGGAAGUCCCGAGAGGUGGCAAACUUCUGAGGACUGCGAGAUAACACAUAAAUAUUACACGUGUACUAGCGAAGAUGAGGGUGGGCUAAGCGAAACUUUUUUGUUUCGAAUGACCUUACCAACUUUAUCAGUAUCUACUGAAUAAAAUAGCAACGGUUUUGUCAGGAAUUGAUUAGCUGCGUUACAUCUUAUACCCAUAUGAUAUUAGCACUACGAAAUAAUAUCUUUUUCAUCGAACUCAAAAUAGAUGAGCUUUUUCGUCCCAAACAGCUACCCUCACUCGCGCUCAAAAAAAAAAGCAUGGAAGAUAGCCAAUGUUUUCAGUUCUAGGAAAAUAGUUUCAGUGACUUAAUGUCGAACAUUUUGUUUACGUUUUCAUUAUCCGUUUUUUAACCUAUCAGUUAUGUUCCCUUUUACCUAAAAUGAAAAUAAUUCAAACCAUCCGAUUAAAAACAAGAAAGGGAUUAGUUCUUACCUGGUUAAGUAGAAUAAUUAUCGUAGACACGCAAUUAAUAUUAGUCGAGUGUUUAAUGUAAAUUUGAUCGUUAAGUUUGAUAGUUAUUUUUGUUCUGACUUGUAUAGAAAAGAUCUUUAACAACGGUGUGCAGAUGUUUUGUUUCUAUUUUUAGUUGAAUCGUUUAGCCGGAGAACAAUUAUAUUUACAGAUCUACUUUAAGUUCCGCUACUGUUAUGGAAAGCUAAUCAAGUUAAGGCCAACACGUAACCGAGAGUUCGUUAAAAUGGGAUGAGACAUAAUGCAAGAAUAUAAAUAUAUUUAUACAUCUUCUUGUUGUUGCUGUUAUUGAGAAUUUAUGAACAGUAAUGAAACCACAUUGCGCAUAAAUUUAAAGGUAAUUGACUUGACAAAGCAAAAAUACUAACUGCUAGAUUGACAUAGGAUUAACUUGUACUAAUUCUUUCAACUUAUAAUCGUAGAAUUGGGAAACAGAAAAAAAUGUACUUAAAUUUUGCCACAUCGAUCCACAAAAACGAAACCACACGAAGUUAGAAGCAUCCAAGAGACCUAACAAAUCAACAAAAACAUAAAGUUCAAAAGGAGAAAAUCUAAUAUCAAGGCACCACCAUAUAAAAACACAUUGAGUAAACACACACAUGCAAAAAAAAAGAUAAAAUAUUCUCUGGACCAAAAUUGCUCACAAGUCUUUUUCUCUCUAAAAUAAAACGGAAGAUAUUAGCAAGGCGCCUACACACUACUCCCUUUAACAAAAUUUUAACAAGCGACCGGGGAUGUUCUGAACUCUUUUAGAAUCACAAUGUAAAUUAUACAACUUUCAAGCAGAACUAAAUCAAAACACUCCCACAAAAAAGUAAACGUUUACGAAUCGCUACAAUGUUAGCAGUACCUAAAAUAAAAGGAAAACCAGACAAAAUUUGAUAGAUGUUUUUUUUGUUUUCGUUUUCACUUGACAUCUAAAUAAGUAUUGGCAGUUUUAGGAAUAAAGCAGUUUGAUUAAUCUUCAAGUUUUCAAAAUUAUUAUACAAAUUCAUAUUUUAGGCAAAAUCAUUAUAUGGCAUAGUGUUUAACUUUUCACUUAGCUUUCGCAUCCGAUAAGGAUCGAGAGAAGAUAAAAAUUUCGAAUCUUCAUUACAAAGAUUAAAUAUACAAUAACCAACACUGGAACACGACAACGAGCAAAACAAAAAAUUCAAUCUAUUGGCAAUUUAAAGGCAUCAUUAUAUUCGGCUAAAUUACCUAUUCGAAUUUCUCUACUUAUUGGCUAAGGUGUAAAUACUACUACAAUUACACUGCAAAUUAGGUGAAACACAUCAGAGGAACCCCCUUACUGAAUCCACAUUCACACACCCACACAACCACUUUACAUGGAAGCUGGUCACACAGCACAUUCACACACUGUAACCCAAGUAGAGUGACGUUACAAAGAACGGUGCCUUCCUACGAAUGAGAAAGAAAGCAGGGAGAGUGAAAGAGAUUAAAAAAAGAGAAAACGUGUAAAACCGAACAAGCAACUUCAGCAAACCAAAAACGCAAAAACCGAAGAUAAUAGAAAACCAGAAAAGUUGGUAAUAACCAGAAUGGAACCGAGUAUGAAAUGAAAAGAGAAAAAAACACACACAGAUUUAGCAAAACCAAGAACGUAUGACAAAAAUAAACAUAGACAUAGCAAACAGAACACUAAACGCAGUAGAUAGACACAAAUAUAUUUUCCAAAAAAAAGAAGCAAGUACAUUGAGCGAGGAAGAGCAAAUUUUUGAAUUAAAAGAAAAGAAAAACAUAGUGAAAUAAAUAGCGUAAUUUACCAACAUUCAUAAGCAGGCCUUACAAAAAAAUACAUUUAUAUCCGCAAAGAUAACGGCAAAACAGAAACAGAGACAAACGAAAAAAAAACCGUAGCGAAGGUAAGAAAGCAAAAUGAACACAGCCGAAGGAAACCAAACCAAGCAAAAAGUUUUAAGAAAAAGUUAGACCAUUUUUAUAUAAUCGUAGCAUGCAAAGAGAGAACUUAUAAAUUAAUGACAACUUAAAAAUAAUCAAUAUACAGACAAGAAAAAAUGAAGAAAAAACACAAAAAAUAGUUUUAUUAGCUUGUAAGCUAAAGUUCGUGGCAAGGCACUUCUAAGGCAGUGCGGUAACGACAAGAAGAUACAGAGCGGCUUUCGCGAAAGGAAUAACAACUACUGUUAAAGCGCAUAAAAAAAGGAAGCGAUUUAAUAAAACAUUCCGUCUACAUGUGAUUUUUAGUACUAGCCGGGCUAAAGCCGUGUUAAAUAGAACUGGGAGGCAAUCGAUGUAGCUGAAAAAAUAAUGGUUUACACUAACCGAACGUGUGUAGUGCAGCAGGAGAAAAAUUCGCGCUUUCGCUGUUCAUUAACUUUAGGUUGUAUUCUCCGCGCAUGCAUAGAAAAAUAAUUUUUUUUCUCGUGAAAUCGUUUUCCCCAAAAAGUAUACAUAUAUUUUAAAGCCGUCGUUAGCCGUUAAGUGUUAGGAAAAUUUUGGUUCUACGUGUUUUGUCGAUUUUUUCGAUUUAUGUAUUUUUUUUUCGCGAUAGCUUACUCUUCGGUUGUUUGAUCUAGUAAUUAAAGUAUCUAAAUGCAACAAAAGCGCUCUUAUUACUGCUAAAUUUGUUGGCAAAAGUAUUCAGUGAGUGAAUAUAGUAAAUCUCAUCAGUUUCUGGAUUCUGCACUGAAACAGUGCGAACACCAUUUUGAUAUUUUUCGUUCACCGAUCUUGACUGCAAAAAGCAGAAGCAAAAUGAAACUAAAGCAAAAAAUUGAAGAAAAAAAGGUUUCGCCUGAUCAAUUUGGCAGUGCGUAGAUGAAGAGAUGAUUGAGAAAAAUAUUAAAAACAAAAAUAAUGUGUGAAUCGUGUGGAGAUUGAACAUUAAAUCCUCUGCCGGAUUCAAAAUGACAACAAUGUUCAGUUUGAGAGUACAGACAAAACUGUGGAAAGAGAAUACAAAAGCAUGCAUACAUAUUACUAUUAUAAACGAUGGUGAUGGUUCAAAUUAUGAAUUAAAACGAAUUAUAAAACAAACUCAAAAACAAAGUUUAAGAACAUUACAAUUAUAUUGACUUAUUAAAUAUAAUAUUAAAGAUAUUUUCAAAAAUUCUA